GAGACCCCGCGCAGGAUGGCGCGGCGACGCAGCAGCCCCGGCCGCCUCUCCCCGCCGCGGCCCUUCCCGGACGCCUACAGCUCGGAGCCCGAGGCGGCGGGCGGCGAGGGCGGCCUGCGGCGACACCUCCUGGCGCAAGCGUACCGCGACGAGGGAGGCCUGCUGCUGCCCCCGGCGCCACCGCGCAAGGGCAAGGGCUGCUCGACGGCGCCGCGCGGCAAACGGCCCGCCGCGUCCGCCUCUUGCGCGUCCCCUCUGCGCCUGUCAGCCUGGCAGCAGCAGCACCUAGCGCCAGCGGGGGAAGGCUGCGCCACGCCGUGCACCACCUCGUGCACCACGCUCUACGGCGGGGAAUUCCCCGGGCACCCCGAUCUCCCCGCGCGCUCCCCGGUGGGCAGGUGCACCCGCGUGGAAGAGCUGCUCCGCGACGACCAGUGGGCCAGCCCGGUGCCUCGGCCCUUGGAGUACGGCACGGAUCUCCCCACCGACGCCAGCAAGCCUCCCUCCAUCUGCCCCUCUUCCUUCUCCUUCGCCCAGUUCGACAGCAAGGCCUCCCCUCGCCUGGAGAAGAAGGAGCUCCCCAGGAGGGACUGGCAGGAGCCCUGCGACAGCAGCCACAGCCUGGCAGACCUCAUACACUGUUUGGCAAGGCCGUGUGACGACGAGGAGCCUCAGCCCUACCUGCCCCGCGACCCCAGCGCCCACCUGCACCAGCACCUCCUAGGCCGCAAGCCCCGCCGCAAGCCCCGCAAGGGAGACCCGCAGGUCAGCUUGCAGGACCUGACAGACAAAAGGUACGAGGACCUGAUCCCCGAAAGGGACAAGAAGAUCGCGGCCCUCAUGCUCGCCAGGCACCAGGAGGAGGAAGAGAUGAAGGACCGUCAGCUUCAGGUUUCCGACGCCUGGGAUAAGAUGAGGAGGAAGGAGAAGCAGCACAAAGCCAGGGCAGAGAAGGAAAGGCAGUACCAGUUGGUUGACAGCCUGGACCAGUGGCAGAGGGACCGCGAUCAACGGAAAGCCAAGCUCAGGCUAGAGGAGCAGCAGCUGUUGGCAGCCAGGGAGAGGGACGUGAUGCUUCGUGACAAGAAGUGGAAGAAGCUGGCCAAAGAGCAGGAGUGCAGGCGGAGGGAGAAGCUGGAGAGUGCUCGGCUUCAAGCAGAGUAUCGGAAACGGUGCCAGGAAAAGCAGCUCUGGGACAAAAGGUUAAGUGAUAGGCGUACCAAAGAGCAGAACUCCGCUUUGUACAAGGAAAGGAUGCUGCAGGCCCUGGAGAAGAAGCUGAUAAAGGAUUUGGAAAGGAAGAGGAGGAAAAUAGAUAUGAAUGACUACAAGCAGGCCAAGCACAUGAACGCUAAGGACCAGGUGGAAGAUCGGGUCAAAGCCGAUGAGCUGUACAAGAGGCUGUGUAUUGAACAAAAGCUUCAGAGGUCCCAGGAAAUCCUGGAGCAGCUGCUUGAAGAAAGGAACAGGGAACUGAAGGAGAGGACUUUAAAGGAAGAAGAGCAGGGCUUGAUAGCCAAGGUAAGGGCCAAAGAGACGGAAGAGGAGAAGAGGAGGCGCAAGGAGAUGUUGCUGCAGAUAGCUGAGAUGAAGAUCCAGCAGGCCAGAGAAAUCAUGUCCAAAAAUAUCCGAGACAGAUCGCAGCGUGUGAGAGAGCUGAACUGUAUGAAAGAACGGAACCACCAUUUUCGCAAACAGAAGCUUGAUUAUGACGAAAAAUGUCACCUACGGGAAAUGCAAGAAGCUUUAAGAAGGAAAGCUCAGAAAAGCAAUCAGAUUCUAAGGAACAAGGACGCAGCUAUCGACGAGUCUAGGAGAAUAGCCAAAGCAUCUUAUGACCUUAGAGAAAAAGUGAGAGACCUGAUAAAUCGCAAUUCAUUCGACCAGAUGGCUUUAGAUGCACAACGUAAUGCAAGCCUCCUUAGAGGCCUGUAAUGAAGUUUAAGGAAACAUUCCAGACUGUGUUGUGUCAAAAAAAGAUGGUUGUAAUGUGUUCACUCUGCAUUGCUGUACACUAAAGUGAUUUGAGCCUUAAUUACUGUUUGACUCAUAAGUGUUUGGUUUACAGACAUUUACAGUUUAUACUAAAAAUCUAUCACUUGCAUUUGUGAUUUGAUCAUGAAGAGAAAGAAUUGAACUUUGGCCCUGUGCUACUCUUUACGGGAUGUGGCCUUGGUUUAAUGCUAGGCACUUUGAACUGAGUAUUCUUGAAACAAAUUAUGAUUUUGCAAAAAUCUAUUUUACAAUGAAUAUCUGAUGUGUUCACAAAUUAUGGAGUUUACACAAUUUGUGAAUGGUUAAUGACACAUACUUCAUUUCAAAGUAUGCAGCAGUUCAUCAUACAUCAAUAAUAGAAUCAUAUUUAAAGAUAUUCCAAUAAUUUAUUAUCUAAAGAAAGGGACCCAGGUGGUGCUGUGGUUAAACCACUGAGCCUAGAGCUUGCUGAUCAGAAGGUCGGCGGUUCGAAUCCCUGUGACGGGGUGAGCUCCCGUUGCUUGGUCCCAGCUCCUGCCAACCUAGCAGUUCGAAAGCACGUCAAAAUGCAAGUAGAUAAAUAAGAACCGCUACAGCGGGAAGGUAAACGGCGUUUCCAUGUGCUGCUCUGGUUUGCCAGAAGCGGCUUUGUCAUGCUGGCCACAUGACCUGGAAGCUAUACACCGGCUCCCUCGGCCAAUAAUGCGAGAUGAGCGCACAACCCCAGAGUCAGUCACGACUGGACCUAAUGGUCAGGGGUCCCUUUACCUUUACCUUUAAAGAAAUACUAUUUUAAUAGCUAAAUAACCUAAGCAGUUGCCUGCAAUCUGCACAGUCAGCCAUUUACACUAGUCCCAUUUAUUUCGGCUGAGCACAUGUGCUUAUCACUGCACGCACAAUGACCGUAGUUUGGCAAACAUAUGAAUAUAUUGUUUUAACAUAUGGCUAUGAUGGCUCUGUCAAGUUUGUAAUGUAGUGAAUUAGAAACUUAUUCAUGAAGGAAACUGCAGGAACACAAACUGUAUAAUUUAUUAAGUAUUCUUAAAAUAAAGCUUGAUCAGUAUAUUUCCAUAUUUUGAAAAGUAGGAAUUGUAUUACUUCAUGUUCAAUAACAGUGACUAAGUUGCGGGGGAAUGUGGAGAUGAUUCCACUGUCAUAUCCAACUUGGCUUGAAUUUGUAAGGCAGAAGUGAGAGAAAGGGGAAUACCCUACAUUUCUAUAUACAUUUUUCUGCUUUAAAAAACUUCUCUCUCCCAUUGAAAUCAGUGGGAAGGAAUGGGGAGGGAGAGAUUUAGUCAUGCACAAGAGUAUAACUAAAGAGCUACCUGGAAACCAGGAGGAUUUGGAAUCUUGGAUCCAAACUGCUUCCCAAAUCAUUCCCCUUUGAUCUCCUCCGACCUGGAGCUCUGAUGUUUGUUGGGGCAGGAUUGCGGAGGAUUGAGUUUCUGAUAUCAGAUUUCUCUAUCUUAACAUCAGAGUUAUAAAUGUCACCUAUCCUAAGUCCUAGUCUAGGAUGUCCUUCCAGGAAACUAUCAUUACAUCAUUCAUGUUCUGGGUUGAUCUGUGAUCUGAAACAAUAUACAAUUAUAAGUAUGGUAAUUUAAUUACCCUUCUUCGUGUAAUUAAAAAAUUAAUAAGCAUGUGUGUUAUUUGAUAGGUUGGUUGGAGAGAAUAAAAUGACAGAACUUGAGGAACAAUAACUUCACUUCUAUUGCCACGAGUGCCCAAAACAUUCAAGAUUCACACAUCUGAUACUU